AUGGCAUCGUAUCACAGGCCUCUAAGCUUUUCCGAAAGGAGGGGGAGCAUGUUCAAUGGCGACGAAUUAAGUCUCAACACCGCUGGCGGCGUCAAACUUGUUCAGCCCCGGCCUCCAAGAGGCCCACCGACUCCUAGCAUGAGCACGCCGGCAGCCGAUUUCGAUCAGACGCUUACCGGCUCUCCUCCGCCUCCCCCGACGCCAGCUGCAUCUCCCGGUCCAUCACAUAGCCAGCUCGACUGGAGUAACGCUGACGUCGGCGAGGAUUUUUUCCUCGCAAAAGUCAGGCAGCACUUCCAACACAGCACCGGCCCGCAGCGAACACGGAUCCUGGCCGACCUCCUCAACCUCUGCACCAGUCAGCAGCUCAGCUUCGUCCACCAGUUUGUCAGCCCGCUUCUCAAGAAGGAUCCUUUUACUAGUCUCCCGGAUGAGCUGUGCCUAAGGAUACUAUCCUUUAUCGAUGAUCCAAAGGUCCUGGCUCGGGCAUCGCAAGUCUCCCGUAGAUGGCGGGACCUUUUGAGCGAUGACAUGACAUGGAAAAACCUCUGCGUUAAACACGACUACGAACGCAGGCUCUCCGAAGUGCAACCCCCUGUAGGCAUAUGCCUGACACGACCGGCCGCAUUACCACUCACUGGUUCAUAUUCCGACAGCGCGAACCGGAGCUUCCCCGGGGCUUUACCAACUCCUUCCGUCCGCAUGUCUGCUUCAUCCAGCUUCGAUGGCGCCACCUCCUCUCGACCAACACUCAAGACGUACAAGUCGCAUUUCAAACAGAGGUAUCUGGUAGAUGCAGCUUGGAGAACUGGCGGCCGGAACGUGACACGCAACAUCACUCAGGAGGGAGGCGUGGUGACUAGUCUUCACUUGACACCGAAGUACAUCAUCGUGGCGCUUGAUAACGCCAAGAUUCACGUCUUUGACACCGAGGGCAAUGCCCAACGAACGCUGCAGGGCCAUGUCAUGGGCGUCUGGGCCAUGGUGCCCUGGGACGACCUCCUGGUUAGUGGAGGCUGCGAUCGAGACGUCAGAGUCUGGGAUCUCUCUACUGGGGCUUGCCUGCAUACUCUCCGUGGCCACACAUCCACGGUACGCUGCCUGAAAAUGUCGGAUUCCAACACGGCCAUCUCCGGUUCUCGGGAUACCACCCUUCGGAUCUGGGAUAUCCGUUCAGGAUUGUGUCGAAAUGUUCUUGUUGGCCAUCAAGCAAGUGUGCGAUGCUUAGAAAUCAAGGGCGAUAUUGUGGUCUCUGGAAGUUACGACACCACGGCCAAAGUGUGGAGCAUUUCGGAAGGUCGUUGUAUUCAUACACUAUCGGGACACUACAGCCAAAUCUAUGCAAUCGCCUUUGAUGGCGUGCGCGUCGCUACUGGGAGCUUGGACACAAGCGUUCGCAUCUGGAAUGCUGCUACCGGUGAAUGCCAAGCUGUGCUGCAGGGGCACACGUCGCUGGUUGGCCAGCUUCAGAUGCGAGGCGAAACUCUGGUGACUGGCGGCUCUGAUGGAUCAGUGAGAGUGUGGUCUCUUUCCAAGUUUUGCCCUAUUCACCGAUUGGCCGCCCACGACAACAGCGUGACAAGUCUACAAUUUGACGAUACUCGCGUCGUCAGUGGAGGCAGUGAUGGCCGGGUUAAGAUCUGGGACUUGAAGACUGGACACCUUGUCCGCGAACUGGUAGCACAGUGCGAUGCUGUAUGGCGCGUGGCGUUCGAAGACGAGAAAUGCAUUGCCAUGGCAUCACGCAAUGGAAGAACAAUCAUGGAGCUCUUCUCGUUCAGCCCGCCGGAUGAGAUGUUGUAUGAGCGACCGGUGUCUCUGCCUCAGCGCCCACACGAAGCCUCAGACCGGCCCAUGAGUGCAUUGCCACUGGAUUACACCAAAACAAACACAUUAAUCCCGGGUCUUCCGAGGCGAGACUGUCCAGACGUCGACAUGAGAGAUGCUGGUCCCUCAACAGCACCGUUGCAGCAAUGCAACUCGACCUUCUUCCACGACGACUGUCAAGAAGACUGA